AUGGCCGACUAUGAUGAGCCCAUUUCAGACGCAGAGAAGGUAUGAACAAUUUUAACAUUUCCCUUAGUAGCUGUCGUGGCACAUGCAGCUAUACAGCUUUUUAUACCUCAAUUCCCUUCAAAUCUUAGGUGCGGAUUGCUUCUGAUUUCAUCAAACACGCCCCACCAGGAGAGUUCAACGAAGUUUUCAAUGGUAGGGGUGAACGUUUUUGAUGUACUUUUCUGUUCUUUGGGCUUUUCCGACCUGCUUUCCUUUUCCUUUAGAUGUCCGUAUCUUGUUGAGUAAUGACAAUUUGCUGAAGGAGGAAGCUGCCAGGUUUGUGUGAGAGUAAUAACUAAAACUUAUCUAAUUUGAGGUAGCUCAUGACUGUAAACUCAAUCCUUGAUUAUAAAAAGAUUUUGUAAGGAAAAAAUAAAAGCGUUCUUCUUAUCAAUACGAAAAUGCGAUAUUUCAGGUGUCCAUUCUUUAUUUCUCCAUCAUCUGGAAAGUAAGCUAUUGACGACAGUUAUUCUGUAUACAAAUUGGUGGCACUUUGAAAAAACAAGUCGCAAUAUCAAAAAACGUAAUUGUUGUUUUUGUUAUUGAUUUUGACUCACCAUUGCCCGUAGAUAUGUAAUAUUUGACCUUGAGAGGGUGUUUAGCCACACAAUUACAGAAGUGUGGCUGUAGGGAGGCACAUGUAGGUGUUUUUUUUUGUAUUUUUUUUCUUUCCCAUGCCAUUGCAUCUCAAUAUAAUGUUCUCUUAGCUGACUCCGGUACAUUUGGUCUAACACUCACCCUGCUUGUUGCCCCAUCCCAGUGACCUGUGAUAAACAAUAAGCCAUUUGCAACCUAGCCUGCGAAAACAUCUGUUUCUCCUCGCUCUUCGCCGCUGGGGACGUUUCGCGCGGAGGAACGUCUGCGACUCAGUGGCAGAAAUUCUAUACUGAUGACGUAAAAUCUGUCCAGAAUCCGGUCACAAGCGCUGAUUGGUCAACGGAGCAGUUACAUUGUUUUAGCUAUUGUUUACAAAUGACAGACAAGAGACAAAAGGUCACAAAGGUCAAAUGUAAAUGCGGAGAAUUUCUAACAAAACAAUCUAUAUUUGUGGAAUAUAGUCUUCUCUAGAAGAAACAUUUGAGUUUCGCUUGAGCUCGUUGGCAGAUGAUCACAGUACUUUACCAAAAUCGACCAGGAGACACGUAAAAUUGGACAAAUUUAUACUGGUAACCCCAUAACUACCAGAAUUAUUAUGUAAACAUUGAUUUGCGUCAUCAGUAUGGAAUUUCUGUUGCUGAGUCGCAGACGUUCCUCUGCACGAAACUUCCCCAGCGGCGAAGAGCGAGGAGAAACAGAUGUUUUCGCCGGCUAUUUGCAACCAGAAGGCUUCACACUUUCACUGUCUUGUGCAAAUUGGGGUUAUUGAUAUUUAAACCUCACUGGAGUUACUAACUUGAACCUUACAACAUUGUAUCAGUUUCACAAGAUCAGCAUUUCUCAAUCCUGAUUUAUAAUUCAUGAAGAGAAUGCAAAGGAAAUCUCUACAAUGAUGGUAGUUUGGAUAUCAGAUCUUGAGCUUAGUGUCAGUGUGAGAACCUAUGAUAUCAAGCAUCUUAAUAUCCAAUAUAUAUCUAUAUAUAUAUAUAACCUAUCACAAGCAUCUUUUAGAAGACACUCCCUUCACAACUCAAUAAAUACAGUACCACAAGUGAAGAGUAAAACAAUAUGUUUUUCGUCUCUCACCUAUAUUUCGGCCGUGUUAAACGGCCUUUAUCAGGGUGAAUGGCCGUUACAAGCAUCACACACCAUUAUAACAUGAUAACGAACAAAUUUGAAAACUUGCACGCGCUACAAAGAAAGAUAAACACGCUCGCGCUCUUACCGGACGUGAGAUCUAGUCGACCUGUUCUGGCUGUAAAAAAGUCACUUAUAUUCAAGCCCUGAGGCUGAAUACAGUUCAACCUAUAGGCCCACUGGCCUUCAAAAACUCAGCUGCGCCUGUUUUUUUCCACCCACUUCCUGGUUUCUGGAUAUUAAUGAAAUGUUAUGCAUCACGUUUAAUACGUCAAUAUUACUUCUAUUUCAAUUUAUCAACAGUGCCUUCUCUGAUUACAACAAAGAUCAAUUUACUCCAGUCAAACUUGAGGGUACUGAUGAACAAGUAAGUCGUGGAAACCAUAAAGUAUUAUUCUUCUUUCAAUGUUGCUGCCUAAGAAAAUUUUUUGGAAGCCCUUUGGGCUCCAAAAAGAAAAAAAAAAGGCAGCAGCCUUGUCGUUUAGUCUUCGUAAGUCCUGAAGUAAGAGAGUCUAGUAGAUUGUGGGUAUUUAAAGUCAUAUUUGACACCACAAGCAAUCAUAUCUUCAAUGUGGGAAGUCUAGUUUCCAUUGUUGUUUAAUUAUUUAAUUUAUUUAUUCAGGUAUUAGUGACCAAACACGGUGAACUUCCUGAUGGAAGAUUCCAUGAUCCCAGAAGCAAAAAGGCUUUUCAUUAUGACCACUUGCGCAAGGUGGGAAAUGUUAUUAUUGUUGUGUUCUCAUGUUAUAACCGCAUGGUAUUUGGCUGAGAGGCCAGGGAAAAGAUUCAACAAUCUCCAUUAAAAGACUUCAAUUUGGUGAAAACUUAUGUUUAAGUUCUUCUGUGAUAAUCUAUUCCAUCACUGGAGGACAGAUGACUACCAUUUUUUUAACCUGAAAUGAUGUUGACAUUCAUUGUUUUGGGAAAAAAAUAAAUCAACAAAAACUUAGGGAGCUCCUAAAUUCUUUGAAGUAAAAUGGGUGUGACUUCUACUGUUACUUGCAUUAGUGUCUCUCAUCAAAACCAAAGAGAAAUUCUCCUCUAAACCUUUUUGUGUUUUUGUUGUCUGGACACUUUGCUUUUUGCCCAGAGCUGUGUGUAAUCGAUUGCAUAAAUUUGAUGAUCUUCUUAUUUACUCUCUCUUCUGAUUGAAUAUAUAUUUUCCUUUAUAUAUGCAUUCUUUAUUAUGAUCACUUUUGACCUUGGACAUGACAUUUGUAAUGUAAUGAUUAUUUUUACCCUGCCAUGAUAGUAAAAUCCCUGAAAAGAAUGUUUUGAUUGAAAGUCUUACAAUGUUGGGUGUAUUUGUUGCAGGAAGCAAGUAAUCUCGCUGACCAUGAUCCCAAUCCAACAGCUGAACCAUGGAGGAGUGCUAUUGAGGAAAGUGUCACUGCAUAUGUCAGAGAUCAUUAUCCACAUGGAGUCUGCACUGUAUGUACCAACAUAAGCAUAGUUUCUUGCUAACAUUUGCCACAUGUGCAUUGAUUGAUGUGCAAUCAUCAUUGUCUGUUGAAUGCAAAUUUGUUUUCUUUUGAUAAGUUUCUCGUACAUUUUGUUCUUGUUGCUGCUGCCAGUGGUAAAUAAUUUUUUAUUUCCAAAAUUCUGUUGUUUAAAUAGGUUUAUGGUAGCAGCUCUGGUGGUACAAUAAAUAUUACUGCUUGUAUCGAAGAUCACCAGUUUCAACCUCAAAAUUUUUGGUAGGUUAAUAAUUAUCUCUCCAAGUGUACAGAGUGUAUUAUUUUCAUCUUGUAGUCAAGAACAACUGGGAUGCUUUGCAUGUUAUUGGAUUGUGCGUUCUACGAUGUACAUGCGAAAGUCUGUCAAGGCGGGAGUUCUCAAAGGAAGGGGAAUUCUUAAAAGAGAACACAAAGAGCAUGCAGACAAGGGAGAAGAAAGGGAAUACUUGGUUCAAGACCAUUUUUUGCCAUUCUGUCAUUAACUCUGGAGAUCUUGUCCAUUUUCAGGAAUGGUCGUUGGCGUUCAGAGUGGUCUGUGUCAUUUCAACCAUCAGGAGGAAAUGUAGAGGUCACUGGAAUCCUUAAAGUACAGGUAAUAAUCUAACAAUGCUUGUAGAGAGAGAACGUGUUGCAAUAGUAAAUCCCACCCACCAAUCUUAUGCCACACAGCAAAAACAACAAUUUAUCUUUUCUACAGUUGUGAUUGGAAAAAUUGGUAACAUGGCUGCUUUUUAUUUAUCUUUUUCAGGUUCAUUAUUAUGAAGAUGGAAAUGUUCAACUUGUCACAACCAAAGAGGUGAAGGAAGACCUCAAAGUCACGGUAAGAAUUGAUUGUGUGUAACCCUCUUUUCCUUGUCUUCUAAUAUUAAUUAAAGUUUUUACAUGAACAAAAAGAUGAUGACAACAAGAGCAAAACAUGCAGAGCAUGAGCUGUUAAAGGGAGAGGGUUUAUCAACAAAAGGAAAAAAUAAUUUUUGUGCUUCAUUAAGUUAUUAUAACUGUUUGUGUGCCAUAUUGAAAGUUGAAAUUCUAUUAAUGUACUGUCCAUUUCCAGAGUGAGCAUGGAACAGCCAAGCAUUUUUUGCAGAUCGUAGAUAAUGCAGAAACUGACUAUCAGGUAAUUAGUUGGGAUUUCGUUUCCACUUUGUAUUAUUAAUUAAUUCUGGAAAGUUUGCCAAUGUCAGGGAUUUGUAUAAUUUCAUAAAGUUAAGUUAAGGUGGUAUCUGGGACAAACUCAUGGGUUUUCUCAGCAUAUAAGUGAUGAUAGUUGUCAGAUAGUGCAAUUCCUAUUCCUCUGAGAUUUUCAUGAUAUAUAACAUUACUCCAUGUAACUCAAUGGCCCCCUAGAGUCUGAGAUGUGUUGUAUCCUGUUUAAAUCUCCCUUCAGUGUUUUGCAUAGACUUUCAGUUCUUAAACCCAUCUUGCAAAGAGUUGAUCUGGGGAGUAGAUGAUUUGCUUAAUUUAAUUGGUUUUUUGACAUUUUGAGGGCAUUUUGUGUCUCAAAUUAUUGACUUUUGUAUCUGAUUGUUUGUUUUGUUGUUGUUGUUUUUGUCUGCAUUGAUAAAUUUUUGUGAAUUUGAAUUUCAGUCCUUGUUGCCUAGUACCGUUUUUGGUGUAGAAUGUCAUCUUAUUUGAACAAAUGUUGACCUCAAAAGGUUGAUAGAAAAACAUGCUAAAUUUUAUCAUGAUUUUCCUUUUUUCCCCAGAGAGCACUGUCGGAAAACUAUAGUACCAUGUCGGAUACAACGUUUAAAGCUUUACGAAGACAGCUACCAAUCACACGCACUAAAAUAGACUGGAACAAGAUUCUUAACUAUAAGAUUGGACAAGAGCUUAAAAGUUCUUAGGUUAUGUUAGGAGAGCAGUGUGGAUGAUUUUUUAUAAAAUACAGCUGAGGACUUUUAAGUGCCAAAAAAUCCUACUAGUGAUUGUAUUAACAGAAUACCUAAGUGUAGCGCUCGAUUAGCAGCAUUUUCGGAAGAUAUUUAACGAAUGGCUUUGUAAUAGAAUUGGCUUUUGGUGUUUCUCUUCCAAACUUGCAUUUGAAAAGUUAAAGUUCCUGCUAAUAUUUUUCCUCAGUAGAUGGGACUUUAGUUGAUUCUUGUAAGAUAAUUUAAAAAAUGAAGUAAAUAUCAACUGCUUAUGUACAAACAGUGAAGAAAAAUACGAGUGAUGUUAUGGAAAACUGAGAUGGGUAUUUUUUGUCCUCUAUGUCCAAUUGUUUUAAAUAGCACAUUUCCGAGUUUCAAAGACCCUCACUUUCAAAAUGAGGCCAAGACCUUUCUCGUAACAAUUUCUUGUAUAAGUUUUAUUUGCAUGAGA